AGACGGGGCUGUCUGUGACGUCACUUCCGGCGGGCUGUCUGGACCCCAGACUGUUGGGAGGAAAACUGAGCAACAGCCACGACUGUGGACGCGAGCGUCUCCGGUGUGCGCAUGCGCCCGCUCAGCGGCCUGCUUCUAUUUAUGUGGGGGACCCAACAUGGCGGCUGCGGCGACCCUGGCGAUGGCGGUGGAGCCCAUCAGAACGUAGUAGCGGGGACAGGGACCCGGUCCGCACUCACGGUGGCGUCCGCGGAGACGGCUGAGGGUGCUGGAGGGAAGAAAAGCGACGGAGAGCGGAAGGAAAGGCGGGCAGGCACGCCGUACGGCGUCGAGGCGAGAGCCGGCUCGAGCGAGCGCCGAGGGCCAGAACAGUGGGGAUGGCGGAGCCGCGCAGAGUCGCGUUCAUUAGCCUGUCACCGGUGAGGCGGCGCGAGGCCGACUUGGCGGGCGCCGAGCGCGAGCCCCCCCGGCUGGAGCCGCAGGAGCCGCCGCCGCGACCGCCGAAGGAGACGGUUCGCCUGGAGCUGGUGCUCAAGGACCCCACGGACGAAAGCUGCGUGGAGUUCAGCUACCCGGAGCUGCUGCUGUGCGGAGAACAACGGAAGAAGCUUGUUCAUACAGAAGACCCAUUUAAUGAUGAGCAUAAGGAGAGGCAAGAAGUGGAAAUGUUGGCUAAGAAGUUUGAAAUGAAAUAUGGUGGGAAAGUCCGUAAACACCGGAAGGAUCGGCUACAAGAUUUAAUUGAUAUAGGCUUUGGCUAUGAUGAGACAGAUCCAUUUAUUGAUAACUCAGAGGCUUAUGACGAAUUAGUCCCUGCUUCUCUAACAACAAAAUAUGGAGGCUUCUACAUCAACACUGGCACUCUUCAGUUUCGCCAAGCUUCAGAUACUGAAGAAGACGAUAUUACAGAUAACCAAAAGCACAAGCCCAAGGUUCCCAAAAUAAAAGAAGAUGAUAUUGAGGUAAAGAAGCGGAAGCGGAAAGAGGAAGGGGAAAAAGAGAAGAAGCCAAGGAAAAAAGUUCCCAAACAGCUGGGAGUUGUGGCUCUCAAUUCACACAAGUCUGAAAAAAAGAAGAAGCGAUAUAAAGAUUCCCUUUCUCUGGCUGCCAUGAUACGAAAAUUUCAAAAAGAAAAGGAUGCAUUGAAGAAGGAGUCUAGCCCUAAAGUCCCUGUGACCCUAUCAACUUCCUCUCUGACUAAACCCUCUUGUGCUGCCACAGCCCUGGGGGAUGAUAUCCCAGACUUAAGUCUGAACAGUGCUGAUCCAGACCUCCCUAUUUUUGUUAGCACAAAUGAACACGAAUUGUUUCAAGAAGCUGAAAAUGCCCUAGAAAUGCUAGAUGACUUUGACUUUGACAGAUUACUGGAUGCUGCUUCUGAUGGUAGCCCCCUCUCUGAGUCAGGGGGAGAAAAUGGAAACACCACCCAGCCCACCUUCAGCUCUCAGGUUAUGCCCAAGGUGGUACCUACACUUCCAGAUGGCCUACCUGUGCUCCUUGAGAAACGCAUUGAGGACCUUCGUGUAGCUGCCAAACUUUUUGAUGAAGAAGGAAGAAAAAAAUUCUUCACACAAGAUAUGAAUAAUAUUCUUCUGGACAUCGAGUUACAGCUACAAGAACUCGGCCCUGUCAUUCGUAGUGGUGUCUACUCCCAUCUUGAAGCAUUUGUGCCAUGCAAUAAGGAAACACUGGUAAAACGUCUAAAGAAGUUACACCUUAACGUCCAGGAUGAUCGUUUAAGAGAACCUCUGCAGAAAUUGAAGCUGGCUGUAAGCAACGUCAUGCCUGAACAGCUGUUCAAAUACCAGGAAGACUGCCAGGCUCGCAGUCAAGCCAAGUGUGCCAAGUUGCAAACAGAUGAAGAACGGGAAAAAAAUGGAUCUGAAGAUGAUGAUGAUGAGAAACCAGGGAAACGAGUCAUAGGGCCACGAAAGAAAUUCCACUGGGAUGACACCAUUAGAACUUUGUUAUGUAACCUUGUUGAGAUCAAAUUGGGAUGCUAUGAAUUAGAGCCAAAUAAAAGCCAGUCUGCUGAGGAUUAUCUUAAAUCCUUCAUGGAGACAGAAGUGAAGCCACUGUGGCCUAAGGGCUGGAUGCAGGCAAGAAUGCUUUUUAAGGAAAGCCGGAGUGUACAUAAUCAUCUUACUUCUGCUCCGGCAAAGAAAAAGGUGAUUCCUACAUCAAAACCCAAAGUCAAGGAGGUGAUGGUAAAGACCCUUCCCGUUCGUUCUUUCCCCACUGUGCUGAAGGAAUGUAGCCCAAAAAAAGACGCCAAGGCUCCUGUAUCUUUGGUGGCUUCAGUUGGUGGUCCUUCCUCAAGCUCCAGCACAGCCAUCAUUGCCUCAGCCAGCUCUAGCUCAGCACCAGCCCAAGAAACCAUCUGCCUCGAUGACUCCCUGGAUGAAGACCUUUCUUUCCACUCAUCUUCACUGGAUCUUGUAUCCGAAGCUUUAGCUGUCAUCAACAAUGGGAACAAGGGCCCCUCAGUUGGCUCAAGGCUAAAUGUGCCAACUACAAAGCCUCGUCCAGGACUGAGAGAAGAAAAACUAGCAAGUAUCAUGAGUAAGUUACCACUGGCUACUCCCAAAAAACUAGAUUCUACUCAGACUGCACACUCAUCAAGUCUUAUUGCUGGUCACACGGGGCCAGUACCAAAGAAACCCCAGGAUUUAGCUCAUACUGGCAUUUCUUCAGGCCUUAUUGCUGGUUCUUCAAUUCAGAACCCGAAAGUUUCCUUAGAACCUUUGCCAGCCAGGCUACUCCAGCAAGGAUUGCAAAGGUCAAGCCAGAUACAUGCUUCUUCCUCUUCACAGACUCAUGUCUCCUCCUCCCAAGCCCAAGUUGCUGCCUCCUCUCAGGCUCUGGGAACAUCAGAGGCCCAAGAUGCUUCUCCGUUAACACAAGCAACAAAGGUGCACCAGCACUCAACUGUCCAACAGAACUAUGUGUCUCCAUUACAAGCCACCAUCAGUAAAUCACAGACCAACCCAGUCGUGAAAUUAAGUAAUAACCCGCAGCUUUCCUGUUCGUCCCAACUACUCAAGACUUCAGAUAAGCCACUGAUGUAUCGCCUCCCUUUGUCUACCCCAUCACCUGGAAAUGGUUCUCAGGGGCCCCAUCCCCUGGUUUCUAGGACAGCACCGAGCACCACUACCUCCAGUAACUAUUUAGCCAAGGCUAUGGUGUCACAAAUCUCCACGCAGGGUUUCAAAUCUCCCUUCUCAAUGGCUGCAUCUCCCAAACUUGCCUCAUCUCCCAAACCUGCCACAUCUCCCAAACCUUUGCCCUCACCUAAGCCUUCUGCCUCACCCAAGCCCUCUCUGUCAGCUAAGCCUUCAAUAUCAACUAAACUUAUUUCUAAAUCCAACCCAACUCCCAAGCCUGCUGUAUGCCCAACUUCUUCCAGUCCAAACACACUAGUAGCUCAGAGUAGCCACUCCACUAGUAACAACCCUGUCCAUAAACAGCCCAGUGGAAUGAACAUCAGCAGACAGUCUCCCACUCUGAAUUUGUUGCCCUCAAAUCGCACUUCUGGCCUUCCAGCUACAAAAACUCUUCAGGCCCCUUCUAAACUAACAAACUCAUCAUCCACUGGAACUGUUGGGAAGAACAGCUUGAGUGGAAUUCCAAUGAAUGUACCUGCCAGCAGAGGUAGCAACCUUAACUCGAGUGGAGCUAAUAGGACUAGUCUAUCUGGGGGAACAGGAAGUGGAACACAGGGUGCUACUAAACCGUUGUCUACUCCACAUAGACCAGCCUCUGCCUCAGGGUCUUCAGUGGUAACAGCCAGUGUGCAGUCCACAGCAGGAGCAUCAUUAUUGGCUAAUGCCUCACCUCUGACUCUCAUGACAUCACCUUUGUCUGUAACAAAUCAAACUGUGACUCCUUUUGGGAUGCUGGGUGGCCUUGUUCCAGUGACCAUGCCCUUCCAGUUUCCCUUGGAGCUACUUGGCUUUGGAACGGACACAGCUGGAGUGACAACCACCUCGGGAUCUACCUCAGCCGCUUUCCAUCACAGCCUAACUCAGAAUUUACUAAAGAGUUUACAACCGGGAACUCAGCAUGCAGCAACACUUUCCCACUCACCUCUGCCUACACACUUACAGCAAGCAUUUAAUGAUGGAGGCCAAAGUAAAGGGGACACUAAGUUACCACGGAAAUCUCAGUGACUUCCCAGCAAUCAAGAGAGGAAUCAUUUGGCUGGCUGAUGGGACCUACCUGAUGGGAAAGUCUUAUGUGGUCACAGGGCUGCUGUUUCUGUCGAUGUUUACAUUCUCGUCCCAAGCACUGUGGUGAGGAGGAAAAGGAAAGAAAAUGUUACUUGAGCAAAGCCAGGUGCAGGAAGGAGGAAGAAAUGCUUUUGUGCAAAGUUAGUGACUUUUGGUCUCUUAAAGUUCCCAUCUUAACCUGCUUCAAAGAGACUCAGCUGUCAAACCCACAGAAGUACCAAUUUGAUUGUUUUUUAAACCUGCGGGGAGAAAGAAGGAAGUUGAGAGGAUUUGGGUAAAUGGCCAUCCAUCCUGGGGGUUGGAUCUGAACACUCUACAUAUAAGCGCAUAAUAAAAGCAACUAAAAGUAGAAUUAGCCCAGUGUGAGGAGAAUCAGUCUGUGUAGGGAACAGAUUUACCACAGUCAAUUGCAUGAUGCUCUCCAGACAGUAGCCGAAGAGUACUGUACCCUCAAAUGUCCUGAGCAAACUUGAAUCUUCUCCAGUAUGUAGCAGUUCCCAGUGUAAGUCAGCAGACUGAAGAGGCUUCAGCAAAGUUGCUGUAGCAUAGUAAUAUAUAUUACUAUAUCUUUUAGAUUUUUAAAGUCAGGAAAGUGAGCCUGUUGCUCUUUACAGACAAAACGUUGAUAAUGCCCUUUUUGUAAAAGGGUCUAUUUUAUUCUCCAUUCAGAAGUAGGUACUGAACUCCUUUCUGCAGCUGCCUUGUCACCUGGUGUUGACUGGUUAGUAUUUAUUUCUAGUUCUGAUGCGCAGAAGUGAGUGUUCAUAUUUUCUCUUGAUAUUUGGGGUCUUUGUUGUUGGGCUGCUGCUUUGCUGCUCAUCUCCCUUGUAGCCUGCCAAGAGCUGCAGAUGCCCAGUUCCCUCACUGCACAGUGCUCUUCACUAGUGGUACUUCAGGUGACUAGAGCUGUUGAUAUAAACACAUCUGGUUCUUUAGGAGUCAACCAAAUAACAUAUACAGAAUAGUAUACUGUUUUAAAGGGAUGAAUUCCAGUGGGAAUUCUGAUGUGCACAAAGGAUCACCUUUUUUUACUAUCACAAUGAAGCUUUAUGCCCCAUAUCCAGUGCAGUAAAAAUGUUUUGAGCAUUUGGAAUCUUAAAGUUUUACUAGAAUUUACUCAGAAUGUUGAUAUUCAAGUACACCUCCAGAUAAUUAAGAUCCUUUAAUUCUGGUGUCUGUAUGUGAAGAAAAGCAAUGAAGGGUGUGAAGGGGAAACAUAUAAUUCUCUUUGGAUACAUUUUGUUUUGCCUCAACUACAUUGUGGUGUCCCUUGAAUUUUAAACUUCUGAGUAUUUUCAAAUUAUCUAAGAAUAGCAUAAGCUCUAAGUGAUGUAACUACUUUAUAUAUGAUUGACAGACUAGCCUGGUAAUAACAAGGUUGCUUUCAUAUUCUCAUUACAUAUUACCAUGUACCAUUAAGUUUAUACAGACAAGAGUGUUAACCAGACCCCAUUUUCCUUUGAUAAGCAAAAGUCCCAAGAAGCCUCUAGGACUAUAAUAACCAACCACAGAUCUGCUCAGAUUUUUAUGCCUAUAAUUUGACUUCAAAGUCACAUUGACAUGCUUCAUAGCAAAAAGUCAGUGAAUAACUGAAAACUUUAGUUCCAAGAACUUGUUGCAGUAAGGGAAAAGGAUUGUUCAGAAGAACCAUUGAAGCUGGGUAUUCUGGCCCACGCUUGUAAUCCCAAUACUCAGGAGGGUGAGGCAGGAGGAUCUCAGGUUUGAGGCCAGCCUGGAGUAUAUAGCAGUGAGACCCAGGCUAGUUUGUACUGGGCUGACAAUGGGACCCUGUCUCCAAAAAAAAAAAAAAAGAAAGAAAGAAAGAAAGAAAGAAAGAAAGAAAGAAAAAGAAAAAAAGGAAAGGAAUCAUUGUUAUAAUUUCUUGACUGUAGUAAUUUUGUUUACCAAUAAAACAAAUACAGAUGCUAUAUGAGCCCUAGUAGAUAUUUUGGAAAAAUACAGGGACAUUGCAGAGCUUUGACUUGAAUUUAACAUGUUAAGUUUCAUUUGAAAGGUCUCUUAGAGAAGCUUGCUCAGCUCUUGGCUUUCUCUAGCACCAGGUGACUUCUUUUUAAACAAGCCUGCUCGCUCAUACUGCCUGGGCUGCUGUGCUGGGGGUGUGUUUAGGAAGGCGGCCUUGGGCUUCACUUCCUCUACCCAGGGAGAAAGAAGUCAGGGCAUAUUAGUCUCUCUUCCUGCUGAUACCUGUGUGUUUGUGUGUUUACAUAGACACACACAUUCAUAUAAAUCAAUUGCUAUUAAAAGUCAAAUAAUGAUAAUUGUAGUUUCUUAAAUCCAUCAAUUCUGAACCAUACUAUAUGAAGGCCCCUUGUGGUUCUUUGCCAUCAUUAGAAAAGAACAAGAUUAGUAAUUCUCUUUCCUGUGUCUUUUUAUAAAAUUACCUGAAGCAGGGGGCUCUGAGAAUAUAAUAUGUAAAGUAUAUUUUGUUCCUGUCAGUCCUGAUUCCCCAAGGGCUGCUGUUAGAACCCUACUUCAGCAAUCCUUUCAUGUUAUACAGAUGAAUCAGAGUCAUUUCUACAUGUAAAUACAUUUCUUUCUAUAUCAUAACAUUGAAAAUGGUGUCCAUACUUUAUGGUUACCUGUCUUUACACUUUUUCUUACUAAAAACAAGCAUAUAAGUUGGUUAUUUUUUAACAGAGACUUGCAACUCAUGCUGUAUUUUUGCACUUAAAGUCAGAUUAUGUUAUUUUUUAAAUGGUGAGUAACUGGAAAGGAUAUCUGUAGAGCAAUGUGUAUCGCUAAAGAACAUUAGCAACAUCCAAAUGCAGAAGUAAAUCAGCACACUUAGAUCCCAUUCAUGGGGUACUUGAUUCAGGAAGAUUAAGCUAUUUGUUUCCAACUGUCUUAUAUUUGAAAUUGCCUUCACUAGUGUCUAAGCUGUUACUGUACAUACAAGGUGAUCCUCAGUAUUCACAAGCAAUAACAGUCAGCAGAGCUGUCCUCGGACAGCAGUGCUGGACCUCAGUUGGAGACUGUUUGGGAGCAAAGUGUCAAGCUCAUUCAGAGCCUCCGAAAUAAAUGCAAGCAAUAAUUUCUAUUAAAAUUAAAUUAUAAUUCUUCUCAUGCUUCUGAGAACAGAGUGAGAAAUCAUGAUUUUAAAACAAUCUGGAGAAAAGAUUUGGGGAAAAGAAGCCAAGUUAAUCUAUAGUAAGAUAGUCCUUAUACUUCGAAGAAAUCAAGAAGAUUCAAUUAGUACAUUGUUUUAUGCCCACCACCCCUUUGAUGGAUGUUAUUAACCCAAAUUAUGUUGUUUUGUGUCAUAGACACUGAAUAAGGCUUAUUUGGGUCCCAACACUGGGGAAAGAACCGGGCAUAUACCUGUUUAAAGACUGUGGGUUUGACACCUGCUUGGAAACAGCUUAUUGGAACUGAUCUCAACCCAGAAUAUUUUUUCCCAAAGCAGAUCUAAAAUUGUUUACUAUGCAGAGAUGGAAAGGGCAGGCACCCCUAUUCUUUCUCCUCUGGUUGCCCUCUCCCACAAUCCUUUCCACCUCUACUUGGUUCAAGACUUUCUAAAAUGAAAAUUCUAUUGUUAUUGCAACUGCCAUUGGUUAUGAGAACUCUGUCCUUUGGGAUUGUCUCUAGAACUCGUUAUCUGUCCUACUUGCUGCUACAUUUGGAAAAUGAAUAUGCCUGUGUUGGUUGACUUUACCUUCUCUAUUUGUAGGAGAUUUUGUCAUGUCCUUUGACCCCUGUGUAGAAGAACUAGGGUACUUUAUUUCAGGAGUGUACUAUGAAAGCACACUGGUCCUUGUCUUGUUAUUAUUAUCUAGGUUUUGGAUUUGUUUCCUUUGUUUGUUGGGUUUUGUUUUGUUUUAUUUUUCAAAUUGAAAAUAGAAUGACGAAAAUCUAUACUCCAGGCCAAACUUGAGAACUGUCCUGAGCUUCAGCAAGAGUACUUCUGCUGACCUAAUGUUCUCUGAAGGGCACUUUGACUUUUAGUUGUACAUGUGUGACUGUUUGUUUGUUUUUGCUUUGGGGUUGCUUUUGGUUUUGUAAAAACAAAGCAGAAAAAAAGUACAGUAGUAGGUAAAUGAUCACAAACAUGUUAUGCAAUUUUAUUUUAUAAAAUUUUAAGGGAAAAGUUUUAACUCCUUGUAAAUAAUUUCUUAUCUCUGGUAAAAUGCUUAUAUUACUCCUCUAAACCAUGCUCAAUUCAGGCCUUUGUCUUUGUUAAGUGCCUUUUAUUUCUUUCUUUUUCUCCCCUCUUUUGAAACUUUUCAGACACCCUCAAGUACAUACUGAUUAAGUCAGGAGAUUCAGGAGAAAGAAUCUCAGACUUGCCAAAAUCAUGUCAUGUUAUAAUACUCUUCCUGUGCUUUGUAUGUGUGGACACAAGUAUGAGAUGCACAGUGUGUGUAUAAAACCAGGCACAGCUGUUCCGUGGCAAUCUUUCUAAGCACUGCCCUUUGGACAUUGCAGAACUUCUGCCUUGUUUAUUCCAUUGCUUUGAGUUGAUUCAGGUGGGCAGAUCGGGAAGUGGUCUUUGCACAUGAUGCUGGCUUCCCCUUCUGAGUAUCUGUAGCAGUUAAUGUGUGUGUGUGUGUAGGGCAUUAUAUAUAUAUAUAUAACAUAUAUGUGUUGGUUAUUGCAAACAGAAUAAACUCGGUGGACUCAUUGACUAUUUCUGGAUGUAAUCCACUUCUCUCUACCCUUCAGAUUUGGCAGAAGUAGUGUGUGAGGAAGCAUCAGGAUAACAAGAGUAUCUUGUGGGUCAGUCUGAUACGGUGCCCUAUGCAGACGAGAUUAAACACAUGGAGGGCUAGACCUAGAACCAUACAGUGGUAGUGAAUAUACUUUGAAGGAAGUUAGCACCCAUGUCAAUAUUAAAAGGUGUUUUCUUCUGGAAAAUUACCUGUAAGAAAUUAUAUAGAUGAAUACCUUUAAAACUUCAAUAAACUUAAGAUUUUUAGAUAGUGAGGAAACACUCAUAAUCUGCAACAUACUUGAGAGAUUUUCAAUCUCUUUAUUUUCCAGAUGAUUAGAUUUUGCUCUGAUUUCAUGAUUAUUUAAAUAUCUUUCUUGAGCAAAAUAAUAGGACUUUCAAUAUCUAAGAUUUAUUUAUUUAUUUUUUAGAUGUGACGUGUUGAAAGAGACUAAGUUGAACCAGUUCUCUAAACAGUACAAAUAUAUCUAUAAAGGACCCCAUUUAAGUAAUAUUGUAAUUGGAAAAGGAGACUGAAAGGCUAAAAGAAGCAGCUCCUGUAGCAGAGCUGUCAUCAGGCAGCUGGGAUCAGUAGUGAGUGUUAAUUCCUAAACUACUUUAUCUAGGGGAUGUCAUUUAACCUUCGUGCCUCAGAUUACCCAUGAGACAAUUGGGUAUAAUAAUAAUCACCUACCUCCCAGGGAUAUCAGAGACUUUACUAUUUCAAAAAUAUUUUGCGUUUUUCUAGAACAUCCUAUAUAAUUAUAGUAUUAUCUUCCUGCAGAGGUUGAAAAACAUAUGUGGAUAUAAAGAGCACCCUUUAUGGUCUUUAUGUUUAAAAAAAAAAACAAUCACUGGAAUUUUAAUUUAGAUGCAUAUUUGAUAUUUAAACAUACCAUAUUUGUAGUGUGGUAGAAUUAUUAGUUUCAGAUUAAAUCAAAGGAGAUGACACUAAGUUUCUUAACUACCAAUAGCUUUUUUUUUUAAAGCUUUUAUGAUGUUAUUACUUGUGUGAUGUUUUCAAAGGUUGUGAAAGGAAAGUUAGAUAAAGUUUGGUUUACUGAUAAAUGAUCCUUAAAGGUUAUAGCCUCCCUCUUAUACCUUCUGAAUCUAAUUUCUUUGUAGUGCUUGCUUGGUGAUGGAAACUUAAGUUUUUACGUUUCUAAGAGUAAAUCAGACCCUGCACACUGCUCCUGUGUCUGUAGGUUUAUCGGGCUUUGCCCUGGGGGUGGGGCAGGCCUACACCUAGGCAGCUGUCUAUAUUUAACUUUGCAGUGCAUGCUUCUAUGAACAAGUUGGAACCAUCAGCUGCUCAGGCUGUAGGUGGGAGAAAGAAGAUAGGAUUCACUUCCUGGCUAGGGCAGAGGUAGAGAUGGUCAGGGUUUGACAAGGAGACAUGAUUUCCCUAGCUCCCAGGAGAUUAGAUCAUUUUAUCUCACUUUCCAUUUGUGCAUACUGAGUAAUAAAUAAUCCAUGAAAUGUUUCUCUUUAAAACAGCAGGGGCAAAUGAGUGCUGCAAUCUUUGUUAGGGCUGAAUAGUGUGUGUGUGUGAGAGAAUGAGUGUGGGUGAGUUUAGAUUGCAGCACACAUCAGGGUCAGCAAAGACAGAGAGUGCACGGUGUUGAGGAACAGGUCCUCAGCUCGUGUGAGUUAGGAGAAAGCACUAGGCCUAAGCAGUUGCCACAUCCAGGCUGACCCCAGAACUGGCUCUGACCUGGUCUUUCUCUAGUCCUAGGGGAUUUUCUGUUGGUGGUGGUUGUUUUUCUAAAAUCACUUUGGGGAUUUUUGUUUAUUUUUUUUCUCUCCUCCCGAUAGGCCUUAGUUCAUAGCCUCUAAGUAUCAGCUAUGCAGAUAAGCAUACUCUUUGUUUUCCACAUUUCCUUCUUGUUCCAUUCUUCAGUAACAAAUGUGAAAAUUUCAACUCAAAGUAAUAAGGUUUAGGAGUUUUGUUGAAAGUGUGAGUGUUUUCUCUGGGGAAGAGUAACAGCAGCCUAAAACCAGAUAUGUUGUCUCUGUUCAUCUGCCCUAAAAUGUGAACUUGACAUAAAAAGCUAGCUGAUGAUCCUUUUGCCUGUGCAGACCUAGAGUUAGUGUCGUGGAACAUGGUUGAGCUUUUAUGAAGUCACCCAGUGUGAUGCUGAGAGUUUAGUUAGUGUUUAGUUAGUGUGUGGUUGAGCUGAGAAGAUGCUCAGCUCUGGUUGAAAACAGCUUCAGUAUUCAUGUUGAAGUCUCCAUUGCUCGUCUUUGUUCUUGCCUUUGGUGUGGAGCUCUCGGGUCACCCACUGUUCCACUACGAUGGAAGGAAAGGUCAAUUGUUUCCACAUCCUCUUCUCUGUCACUUUCCCAUCUGCCCUCUGUCCCCAUCCAACACAGAGUAUAGAGGAGCAUUUACAUCUCAGCAGAGACAUAAGCAUAGGUUAUCUUUAGAGUUUAGUGGAAAUACCUUUGACUACCUGAUGCUAAGUGACACUUUUCUCAUGUACUCUCUAAGUACCAUUUGCUUUAGAGUGGUUCUUUGUGAUCUCCUUGGGUUGUGAUGUUUCUACUUCUGUGUUUCCUAUGAGUUCCCAUUUCAUAGCAAUUGAUACUCAAACUUGGUGUCCUUUUUACACUGAUACCCACACUGGUCUUAGUACAAUUAAGUACAACUAAGGUUCUGUACAUAGUCCAGAACUUGGGGAUUUUCCCUCUCCUCGUUUAUAUUAAAAAAAAGAUCUCAUAGGCUGAGGGUGGAGCUCUUGCCAAGCAUUUGGGAAGCCUAGAGGUCCCUACCCAGCAGUGGAAAAUAACAAUAAAUACAUCUCAUUUUUACACAACACCUGUACCUUUCAAGAUUCGUCAGAAGAAAUAGGAUCUUCUUUAGAGGCUUGUAACAGUCUGCCUUGCUGGUUUUCUUACCUCCCUAGAACAGAGCUUUUUGACUAAGGUCUUUUGAGCCAAGCAGACCAUUGAAUCCUUAGUCCCAAUUUUAAGUUCCCCCGAAGACUAUCAUUUGCCCCCACUUUGCUACAGUUACAUAAUUCAGUUUGACCCUGAGUAUGGCUGCUGGGUGCUUGGUGGUAGAGCUUUGACUGACACCAGAUAACAAAGUCAGCAGCUCUAUCUGUCUUCAGAGUACACUUAGGAAUCAACAACCAAGAAUCGCCAUUGUCUGCCCGUGUGACAACUUAUAUUUAAAAUUUCACAACCUUAGUGUAUUUUCUCUAUUUAUAAUCAUAAACUUUCCUUCAUUCUUACUGUUUGCAGAAACAUUGUGCCCUGUCAGAAAAUUGGUUUUCCCUCACACUGGCAAGGAUUUGCCCAAUUUCAGCUAGAAACAUAAAAAGGAAAAUAAAUUUUUGUCAGUUGACAAGGGUAUUUGUUUUAAAUAGUUAGAAAGUUGAGCCAGAUUUGGUUAGCUUUCUUGACAUUUCGGCUCUGCCUCCAUAAUACAUUAUAUGUUUGACAUGUGAUCGAGGGACUUCUCCCAUCGAGGGAGCUUGGUUUCCCUCCCAUACAGCUUCCUUUGAGUCGUAGCUAGCCUCCGAGAAGAGAGCCAAGCUUUGCAGUGACCGAUUGUCAACUAUCAUUGAAAAACUGUCUUAGUCUAGAAGAUAGUGGAGUGCUAAACCAUUCUUGGAGGAGAGUGUUAAUUUGAGCCUCCCCGGGGUUUCUCUUGUUAAACAGUGUCAAUUUUUAAGGAAAGGAAAAUAUUCUCUGGCUGGUGAAAAUUUUGUGCGCCAAAUAAUGAACGUAAGUCUAACCAAGGUGACGAGGAGAUGGGUGUUUUCUCUCUUUGCUUGUGAGCAAGGUUUAUUUAUGAUUGUCAGAAUUCCCGUGGAACUGCAGACCUGUUUGCUAUAACCUGAAAAUAAGAGCCUGAAUUAUAGUUUGGUAAAGCACAGAUUUCCAACCCUGUGUCCAAGUUUAGCUAAGGGGAGACUUGUUUAGUAACAGAAGGAAAACUUGUUAUUUAUACAGUGAGUGUCCACUCUACAGAGCUGCCCACCAGGGAAACGGUUCUUCCUCUUCUGUCAGCUCCACCCUACACAAAUGUUACUGUGUUUGCAAGCCAGCCUCCAAGAAAGGAGCCUGAGAAGUUGAUGGUCCUUUAGGGGAAGGCCCUAAUUACUGUGUUGCAGCUGCUCGCAGGAAGUUGUAUUUUUACUAACUUGAAGGAAUAUAUGCUGUAUUUCAAAUAAGUGUGUGACUUAAUACUUUGGGAUUUUUUUUUUCCUCUAAAAACUGGACCUGAACACAAGCUUUGAGUUGGUAUUUGUAAUAAUCUCAGGACCUGAAAGAUUGUAGCAUUUAGUGUGUCUUAAAAAUUAUGUACUGUACCAGCCAUGGAGUUUUGUAAAUAUACCUGUCUCCCUUUUUUUGUAUUAUUUUAGUAAAUAAAUAAAUAAAUUUAUAAAAGGGGUGGUGAUGACGUGUGUGUGCGUGCGUGCGUGCGUGCGUGUGUGUGUGUGUGUGUGUGUGUGUGUGUGUGUAAGGCUCUUUUAAGACAGACUGGUGCUUGUUGAAUUUCUAGUUGGGCUCAGCAGGAAUAUGCACACACUGCUGCUCUGACCCUGCACUGAGCAAGGAGCAGGUCCUUGGUCCUGCCUUCCCAGUGCUCUCUGCAGUACUAGCAAAUGGGAAGGCACUUAGAACCCAAGCUCUGCUCCACACCCAUCUUGCCCUUGCCAUCUUGGUCUAGUUCUAGCACCCUUUAAACUCUGGCACUAAAGCUUCUACACUUCACCAAUUCCUGGUUUUAGAACUCAUAACUUUCCUAAGAAAAAUAGAAGGGCAGGUUUAAAAAAAAAACAACAACAACAACAGAAGAGCCUCACAUUUCCUAAGACUCCUGAUGAAUUUGGAUACGUGAGAACGUAGACAUUCCUACCCGUGAAUUUACUAAACUAGCCCCGUGAUACACUCCUUCAGUGCAGGGAUUUUUGUUUGUUUUCCUUUGCAGCAGCCUUGUUCAUAUUCCAGGUGUAGCUAGCAAACCCAUUUUGAAAUAAGAGCCUUACUUGAUUCAGACAGAAUAGAUGUUUCCUGUCUAUCCUUUGUGACAGGACCUCUUACAUGAGUGUGUUUUUUUUCUUUUGUAUAUGUUAUGUGUUUGUUGUAUUAAAUAAAGAAGACUGUAAAUAUUA